AUGGCGUCGACUUUUUCGCCCGCCUUCCCAGGCGACCGUACACCGAAACCGAGGACCAAGACACGCACCGCUGCGCCGAAACGAGUAUAUGGAAAGCGACGAGCGGAUGCCCCACGAGCUGUGUUUGAACAGAGAAGUCCAGCAAAACCGGUAGAGGAGACAACGUCGAAGGUCAUUGAGGAAGCUGUGGAUUCCAUCCAAGCUCAGUUGGCUGAGGUUAAAAUAAGCGAUGCGAUCCCAUUUCAGAAAGUGGAAGACAAAACCGACGAGCAAAAAACCCUCGUUAAGCAAGCAGACCUUACAAAAACUGCACCGCCAGUACAUACACCCGAGGUCGUGCCAAUUGACUUGAAAAAUGAAGAAGAGCCUACCGAGGAGAGCCCUGCGGACAGCGUCCCUAAACCACGGAAGAAAUACGAGACAAUGGUGGAAGUCAGAAUCUGCUCCAAAACGGCAGCGCCAAAACCACAAGAUAUACAAGAAGAACAAGAGCAGCACGUCGACCAAAAAGAACCACAGGAGGAUAAACGCAGCGCAGAAAGUGAGAGGCAGGGGGAGAGACGAGCAAGGAGGAACAAAGUCCCGCCUCGUUUGUCAUCUGGGUGCGUGAUGGAUGAUAAAGUGAAUGCAUAUGUUCGUCGCAUCUUGAAUGAGGCCUUGUCACCGGUUGCGGCACAGCGCGUCCAAAAGUUUGGCUCCUGGGCCGCUCGUGCUGGGAAUUUGCUGGAGGUAGUGAAGAUCGCCGAAGGUUCGUACGGAGAGGUUUAUAAGCUCCGUCUGCGCGAAGAGUUGUGCAAGAAGGAGAUGUCUAGAUCCAAGCUUGCUCGUCUAAAAGCGUACGGUGACAACGUGUUCAAAGUUGUGCCCUUACGAGCCCAGAGUGGACCUGGCUCCAAAAAAUUUACCAGCAUCGACGAAAUCGUGUCUGAAGUCAAGAUGCUUAAAUAUUUGGACCCGAUCCCUGGAUUUGCUCGCUUUCGAGAGAUCCACGUGGUCCAAGGUCGAUUCCCAGAGUCCUUCCAGAAUGCUUGGGACCACUACAAGAGAACCAAAGACGACUGCUUGAAUCCCAAUCCAUCCAGCAAAAGGGCGUAUCCUGAUUCACAAUUGUGGGCUAUCGUGGAAAUGGAUGAUGCUGGCUGUGAGCUUGAAAAGUUCGCUUGGUCAUCGACCUUCCAGAUUUACGAUAUAUUUUGGGGAGUGGCAAUGGCUCUCGCGCGUGCCGAAGAGUAUGCACAAUUUGAGGUAAGCCUCGUUGUAAGAAGCCCUGGAGACCGAAUAGUAUUGAUACGUAUCUAG